CCUUGAGCGCAAGUUCAACCUCACAUUAUUCACUAGUGGCACGAAUCAGAGCUAGUUGCCUGCCUUCAUACACAUAGCUUGGGGUCUACCUACCAAUCGUCGAUCACACUGAACAUCAGUCACGCUUUACCAAGCCUCACGAACCUCCAGCAAGCGCGGUAACCCAAGUGCUAACGUCAUUGGAGCCAGGGUCAGCAAUCCUGCAACACCAAGGCUUACUUGGAUGAAUAACGACCACUUCGAACAUUUUUCAGAUUUGGACUCUUGACGCAGAAUCUUGUCACCAUGGCUGCCACAACGGUCAAAAAGUCCAAGAUCGCCCACCAUGCGAGAAGGUUUGCUGUGGAGAGCGAACCGGGUCUCACGUCCGCCCAGCUUAUGCUCUACAACCACGAUCUUGCACCCGUCGAGCCUGAGCGUCGCCAGUGGGGCGCGUGGAACUUUGUUGGAUUCUGGAUCGCUGAUUCCUUCAACAUCAACACAUGGAUGAUUUCAGGAUCGAAUAUUGCCGACGGACUCUCAUGGUGGCAGUCCUGGUUGUGCGUGUGGAUUGGAUACACCAUUGCGGCGUGCUUCGUUUGCAUGACUGGCCGUAUCGGUGCCACCUACCACAUUUCGUUCCCCGUUGUGAACCGCUCGUCCUUCGGUAUUUGGGGUUCUCUCUGGCCAGUAUUCAACCGAGCCGCCAUGGCGUGUAUUUGGUACGGUGUACAAGGCUGGAUUGGAGGCACUUGCGUAUACCUCAUGAUCCGAUCUAUCUGGAGCAACUGGCGAGACCCCGAGACUGAAGGACCAGGUGGUGUUACAAACGGUAUUCCAAAUUCUGGUACAAACACUGUUCACUUCGUAUCGUUCGUCUUCUUCUGGCUUGGAUCCUUACCAUUUCUCUGGCCUGCUGUGCACAAGAUCCGUCACUUAUUCACAGUAAAGGCGUACGUUGUUCCCACCGCUGGCAUUGCGUUUUUCAUCUGGGCAGUCGUUCGUGCCAAAGGUAUCGGCCCCAUUGUUCAUCAGUCCGGCAAAGUCCACGGCUCCGAGCUUGGGUGGCUCAUGGUCCGCGGCAUCAUGUCCGCGAUUGCUAAUUUCGCUACUCUGAUCGUCAAUGAUCCCGACUUUGCGCGAUUUGCCCGCAAGCCUUCGGAUGCCUUCCUUCCUCAGCUCCUCACCAUCCCCAUCGGCUUCGCCAUAACAUCCUUCAUCGGCAUCAUUGUGUCCUCAUCCUCGACCGUCAUCUUCGGUGGCGACCCAAUAUGGAACCCUCUAGACCUUCUCAAAGCCUUCCUCGAAGAAGGCGGUAGCGGUCAACGAUUCGGAGUCUUUAUUAUCUCCGCAGCUUUUGCACUCGCUCAGCUCGGCACGAAUAUCGCUGCGAAUUCCAUCUCCGCCGGCACAGACAUGAGCGCUCUACUGCCGCGCUGGAUCAGCAUCCGUCGCGGAUCCUACAUCUGCGCGCUCGUCGGCCUCGUCAUGUGUCCAUGGAACCUGCUUAGCAGCACGAAUAGCUUCACCACCUACCUCUCCGCCUACAGCGUGUUUCUAUCUUCCAUCGCGGGCGUUAUGAUCAGCGACUACUACCUCGUCCGCAAGGGCUACCUUCAAAUCAAGGAUCUCUAUUCUGGAAAGAAGACAGGCCCGUACUACUACACGCUUGGAUUUCACUGGCGCGGAUAUGUAGCCUAUAUCGCAGGCAUCAUGAUCAACGUCGUCGGUUUCGCGGGCGCGAUCGGUCGCGAAGUCCCCAUCGGCGCCAAACGCAUCUACGACUUGAACUUCUUCGCGGGCUUCCUCGUUGCGAGCAGUGUGUACUGGGGCCUUUGCAAAAUUAGUCCUGUGCCUGCAACGAGCGAUGUGUGGUGUGAGGUGGGCGAUGAGAUCCUGGAUAUCAGUGUUGCGUACUCGGAUAGCGAACCGGAUAAGUAUGAUGAGGAGGCAGCGUGUGGGGGAAAGGGGGCGGUGAGCAAGGUUGGAGAGGCGGAGGAUGCACAUCAUAGAUUUUGAGGGGCGCUGGCAUUGACUGUCUUGUUCACGACAUACCCAGGGGAAGAUUUUACGACAUUGUCGCUUCGGAGUUCGUUUGUUUGAUAGAUCAUGAUAUACCAAUUCCGAUUAUAUCGCAUGUUAUGUAAUUCAC